AGUCACAAACUAAAAAGGGUGGAAUUUAGGCGUGUCUACCUCCCCGUCAGGUAAAAAAGGCGAUGGAUGGGGAAACACGGAAGUUCACAAAAACUGACAAGAGUGCGUCCAAAAUCACAGUUACAGCUAUUUCAAUGGAGAACAACUACGCGAUAUGGAUUACCUGAGAUGAUGCUGAGCACGGGUCGAUGUUUGGUUUGUUUACCCUCACAUCCGAUAGUUGGCUUUGGCGUUUUUAGUUGGAUUUACUUUGACAGAAACCACAAGACAACGAUAUACGGAGAGUAAUGCAUCUCUGAGCAAUUCAGACUCUCACUUCUGUAUCAGAUCUGGUUGAAACAUUUACACCAGACCAGCCUCCGUAAACAUGAGUGCUGCGGUCGAAGAGGGUCAACUGACCUCAAGUCCUCCUGCAGGAUUCAGUGCAACAGAUGUCAAUCAGAUGAUCAUGGAGUUUCUGAUGUUCAUGAUGAAAGCGAUUGUCCUCUGUUAUCCCAUAUAUCUGACCGGCUCUCUGGGACUCAGUGUCAGCUGGAUUAUUCUCAUUAUGCUGAUGUGGACCAUAUGGAAGAAGAACCGCAAAUGGAAAGAUCAGAGGAUCGACACAGCCAUUGACUUCUUGAAAAACGAGAAGGACGUGAUCAAAACUGAAUUGAAGGCUAUGAACAUGCCAGCUUGGAUUAACUUUGCAGAUGUUGAGAAAGCUGCUUGGAUUAACAAGAUUCUUCAGCAGGCAUGGCCAUUUUUCGGAAUGUACAUGGAAAAGCUUCUUAUUGAAAAUAUUCAGCCAUCCGUAAGAUCAUCCAGCAAUCAUCUGAAUACCUUCACCUUUACCAAAGUCCACAUGGGACAGAAGGCACCAACUAUUACAGGAGUUCGGGUGUACACGCAUGAGGUGGACAAAAGGGAGGUCAUUCUUGACUUUAACAUCUUUUACGAGGCAGAUGUUGACAUUGAUGCUGAUGUUAAACCAGCCCUCAAAGUUGGAGUCAAAGGACUUCAGCUUCAGGGGAUGCUACGUGUAAUUCUUGAGCCUCUUAUUGGCCAGUCACCCCUUGUAGGUGGAGUCACCAUGUUUUUUAUUCGUCGACCAACUCUUCAAGUAAACUGGACCGGAAUGACGAAUGUUUUGGAUAGUCCAGCAUUUAGUCAUUUGUCAGAAUCGGCUAUUGUGGACGUCAUCGCCUCUCUCAUGGUUUUGCCCAAUCGGAUGUGCUUCCCAUUGAUUGAUCAAGUCAAGGUUGAUCAGAUGAGGUUUCCACUGCCUCGAGGUGUAGUACGAGUUCAUGUUCUGGAGGCCCGAAAUCUUGUAGCCAAAGAUACACAUAUGAUGGGACUGGUGAAGGGCAAGUCAGAUCCAUAUACCAUACUGAGGGUCGGAAACAAGCAGUUCAAAACGAAGACCAUCAAAGAGACCUUGAAUCCACGCUGGAAUCAAGUUUAUGAGUUUGUCAUUCAUGAAGCUCCUGGACAAGAAUUGGAGAUCGAACUGUAUGAUGAAGACACAGAUGCUGAUGACUUUUUGGGCAGGUACAGUCUGGAUACUGGGGAGGUGAAGAAAGAGAGGGAGAUAGAUGAGUGGUUAACCUUGGAGGACAUUGAGAGUGGUGAGCUACAUUUGAAAUUGCAGUGGUUGUCUCUCCACACAAAGCAAGAACUAUUAAAGGAGACCCAUGACGGCCUCGCUUGUGCAAUGCUUUCUGUGUAUCUGGACAGUGCCUCCAAUCUGCCUAAAGACCAGCGAGAAUUCACUCAUAAUGAAAAGCAUGGGAAACCGGCCAAAGAGACUCGGCUCACCAGAAAAACGAAUGACCCAAACUCAUUUGUGGAGAUUUCUGUAGAUCAGCAAAGUCAGAAAAGCAAGGUUGUGUUUGCCUCAAAAGAUCCUGUUUAUGAAGAAUGCUUCACAUUUUUUGUUCACAGUGUAAACAGCCAGGUGUUGAAUGUAGAGGUAAAAGAAAAUGAGAAGAAAGGCUUACUGGGAAAAUUUACUCUUCCAUUGGUCCGACUGCUCAAUGUGUCUGACAUGACGAUGGAUCAGCGCUUCCUGCUCGAACGCUCAGGAGCCAAUAGUCAGAUCAAGAUGAAAGCUGUUCUCAGGAUUCUUACGUUGGAGAAACUGGAGCCAAAAGUCAUAACUCCGCCCCCUCAGACCCAAACGCAGGCCUCAUCUUCUCAAACUCGCACUCAGACCGUACCUCCCGCUUCUUCAUCUCAGCCCGUGCAGGUUGACCAGAAAGAAAAAACAUUUAAUUCACCUGUCCCACUCUCAAGAACACAGACCGCACCUAUAUCGUCUGGCUCCACUAAUGAACUCCAAGCAGAGUACGCACCGUACCGACGAAGCCUUGCAGUGGGUGCAGACGGACGUCUUUCUGAGCCCUCCACGCCCAGUUUAAUGCGCCGAUAUGACUCCAACAGUCUCUUGUCAGAAAACUCGAUAGCUUCCUCUCGCUUUGAUCUGUCAGAUAAUGUCCCAUAUCCAGAUGAAUGUGUUCAUUACAGGGCCAUCCUAAAUCAUCAGGGCAGCUUUGGACAGAUCGACCUGACGUUACGUUACGCCUCCCUGAGGAAGCGACUUAUUGUGAUUGUCAACACCUGCAGGGACCUGUUCGCCUGUAGUGAGAGCGGCUCCGAUACUUACGUCCGCAUAUAUCUGCUGCCCGAUCAAACAUGGAAGCAUCGGAAACGCACCAAAGUUAAAAAGAAGACUGUGAACCCUGCCUUCAAUGAGAUGUUUGAGUUUCCUGUGUCGCUGGAGGAAGCAAGAAGCAGAAAACUGGACGUCGCUGUUAAAAACAACAGAAUGCUUCGCAAAAGAGAGCGAAAGGAGAUUGGAAUGGUUCUGGUUGAUUUGUCUGAAAUAGACCUGAUCAAGGGUUCCACUGAAUGGUAUGAACUCACGCUGCUUGGGCUGAAGAAGACAAACUAGCAAAACUAGUAGUCACAAAGUAUAAUCAACUGUCUUUUUUUAGUUGUCAUAUACAGGUCAUUGUUGCUUUUUUGUUUAUGUUUUGACUUUUCCCUCAUGAUGUGAAAAAAUUCAUCUAAUGGUAAUUGUCAACAUACAGGGAUCAACAACUAAUGUUGACUCAUGUUGUAUAGUGCUCACUGUCAUAUUUCCUGUUUUUAAAGUGACCUAGAUGAAACACUCUUUGACACUAGAUUCAGUGAUGAUAAAGCAAGAUGUUUUAUAUGUGCAGUCAUUCCUAAAUCAACCGUGUAUUUCUCUGUAUGUCUCAUGAUCUUUCAGGUCACAUUAGAGGCAGUUUUUUAAAUCAGUUUUUGUUGUUUUAAAUUACAUGUGUUUUAUACCAAGGCACAAUAUUUUCUUUUAAUACCACAGUUUUGACUAAAAUUAGAAACAUGAAAUAUUUAGACAAGCAAGUAUUAUGUUUGGUUGUUACAAAAUAUCCAAGAUCAAAAUUUUCAAAACAAACAAAUGGAUUUUUAUUUUUAUAUUUGUAAAUAACUUGGAAAACACAUCAUGUAUUUUAGUAAUCUCCUGUGGAUUAUGUAUAUGGGAUGUAGAGGUAAAAAUGAAGAGUUUGGUUCCAAUAAAUCCAUUUUGACUAA